AAUGACCAUCAAACGCCCCUUUUUAUGUGAGUGUGCGCAGAGCCUGAAGCAGAAAAGCCUGAAUUAACAAAGAAAGCUUAUAACCAACGUCGUCUCAUCACUCACAGGGCUUUCGACUUUGCCAGGCAGUUCAAAUUCCUUCAUUUUUAUUUUAGAGAAAACAAGCGAACACUUAAGAGUCAGUGGGUUUAGUUUGAGGGGGGGAAAUGGGGUUUGCCAUGGAGGAAAGGAUUUCUUCCUUGAUGCUUCUGUGUCUCGUGCUGUCAGGUGUUGGUGCCAUUGAAGUUACCAUCCCCCAAAGUCUUUAUGAGUUUGCCGGGGGUGACAACAUGAUACUGCCCUGCUCCUUCACACCUAAAAAUCCCACAGGCCCUAAACAGAUAGUCGUCAUCUCAUGGUCUGCUUUGAGUCUGGAUGUUGAUCCUCAAACGAUCCUCACCUACUACUAUCCUGUAAAAAGUGUUGACAUUCAUCCCAUGUAUGAAGGUCGGGCAUCGCCGGAUGUUGACGUCCUUCAGGGAAAGGCUAACCUGAAGCUUUCCUCCCUCAAACUAGCUGACAACAAAACUUAUGAGUGUCACAUUCAGAUCCCAGGUGACAGCACUGGCAAGCCAGUUGCCACCACACGCGUGAUGGUCCUAGUGGCUCCCUCUCCACCCAUCUGUAAGAUCCAGGGAGCAGCGGAGCACGGCCAGAAUAUCACCUUGUCCUGUGUGUCUGAGGAAGGUUCUCCAGCACCCACUUAUAAGUGGGAUCGCCGUAAUUUACAGAACAUAUCUGUUCCUCAAGACCCCAAAACCACUGACAAGGGAGGCAUCCUUUCCCUGUAUGAUAUCUCCAGCGACACAUCAGGAUUCUACAUCUGCACCUCAGCAAACAAGAUCCACUCUGCUACCUGCAACCUCACCCUCUCAGUUAUGCCGUCUAAGAUGAAAACUUCUUUAGACUGACUUUUCCAAUUUUUCUUUUCAAUAAAUAUAUCUUUACAGAUAUAUAAUAAUA